GUGGACACAGCACAUUCUUCGCCCUGCUCAACACUUUCGUGCACAUAGUUAUGUACUUUUACUACAUGGUGGCUGCCAUGGGUCCUAAGUACCAGAAGUAUAUCUGGUGGAAGAAGUACCUCACCGCUUUCCAGAUGGUUCAGUUCGUGUUGAUCUUCAGUCACCAGCUGCAGGUGUUGUUCCGGCCGUCGUGCCAGUACCCGCGCGUCUUCGUCUACUGGAUCGCCAUGCACGGUUUCUUGUUCCUCUUCCUGUUCAGUGACUUCUACAAGGCGAGGUACACUCCCGCCGACAGGAAAGCAAGGCUCAACAACGGCCUGUGUAUGGCGGUCAUGAGCGACAACGCCAGCAAGAACGGAUACAAACAAGAAGUGGGCUCCGAGGUUCCGAACUCGUACGCGUCGUCGGGCGCGGACGCGUUCGUACGCAGGCGGCCCGUGUCAUAGUGUCCACCCAACAGCACGCGACCACGCGAACAUAAAAGUGUAGCUUUAAAGUUAAAAAAACCAUCUCGAACUUUCCACGUUAGUGUUCGACAACCGUUCACUUGAAACCAGUGGUUUGAUGACACCGAGGAACUAUUACCCUGCCGACGUGAACAGCAUUGUGUGACAGUGCACACGCGGCGGUCUCUGCGAACCAAGUGUGCCGAUGAGUGGAGCCGGGACUAGCGCGGCACGACGCGCGGCAUGACUCGCGGCAUGACUCACGGCACGACGCGCGGCACGGCUCGCGACACAACUCGCGACACUGCAGCGAAGGCUCCGAGUGAUGUGGACAUUCUAUUUCUGCUAUAAAUAAUUACAAAUUAAAUACGAUUAUGUAAUGUAAAUUUUUUAAAUGCACAAAUAUCACUCAUCUUGAAACUUGCUUGGAUCGUAUAUUGCCUUGUGAUUUUUUUUAAGUACAAAAUAUUAGUAUUGAGAGUAUUCUAUGGAUUGUUAAAAUUAUCUUGGGGUAUAUGAAUCUAUAUCGCACUGUUGCGAUAUGUUUUCCCUUAAUAAAAAAGAGUUUAUUGUAAUAACAAUUUAGGGUCGUCGAAUUAUUUGGUCGAAUAUAAAUGAAUACGUUGGAGAAAGUGAGGUGGGCAUUUUGUAUUAUGUAUAUAUUUUUUUAAUAGAAAAUUAUAGUUAUGUGGUUAUCUUGUAACUAGGUGUAUUGGAGGUUAAAGGAUUUUGUAAAUAUAAUUUUAUUAAAAGUUGCUAGAAACGCAAUUCAAUCAUGUUACCAUGGGUACAGCCUUUUAGAUGAUAUUAUACUCCAGUGUUAUUUACUAACUGCCUUUUCCUUUUCCUUACAGUGUGCCCAAACUUCCCUUUAUACUGUCACUUCCACAAAUGGUAUACAAACUCGUUCAUGUAUACGGGUUAUGGCAAAGAGAAAGUAUUUUAAUUGAUGUCAUGUUACAAAAUUUAUUUAAGGAUUUGUUACGUCUAUUGUAUACCUUUUUAUCUACGUCACUCAGAAGAGCUCGUUCUUAACUAGUCUGUGUGCAGUUUUCGCAAAAUAUAAUAUCAUCUGUGGGUUCCAGAAUAUCCUCUCGGGAUUUUUUUUUUUUUAAUGUGUGUAAUAUAAUUAAGUACCUAUAUAAAAUAAAUAUUUAUUUCUUUUAAUUCUAUACAGGUUUGUUCUAACUUCACUCGGCUACUUAUUACUGUAGUAUGUUAAAUGACGAUCAUGCAUAUUAUAAGUUACCGGAAAAUGAGUUAGAAUAAUUGUAACUUUGAUCAGUUUGUGUAUGAAUAAACAUUACAGCAUAAGAUAGAUUGGACUAGCACGAGACGGCUCUUCGUGAGUAGUGACUCGGCGGGAUGACCAAUGAGUAUGCACAAUCUCCAAACGCUAAGUAAUCUGGAUUGUAUUUAUGUAUUAUUUUGAAUCUUGUUCUGGUGUUGAAAUGCUUAAUGUGUGCGCAAUGUGAAAUCCCGGUUGCUUAGAUACUUGGCCGGCGAAACGACAGAACUGCUCAAGUAAUUGCUACGAGUUCACUCUUUUGCAACUUUAUUUAUUAUUUUAAUAAAGAAUUUUACUAAA